CUCUCGGUUGUCUACUGUCACGAUGACCGGUUUAUCAUUUGACCCUGCAACGGACGUUCCUGAUGUAACAGGGAAGAUUAUCUUUAUCACAGGAGGAACCGCAGGUAUCGGCGCAGCAACAGCCCUCCACCUAGCGUCCAAAAAGGCAUCACAUAUCUACAUCAGCGGCCGUAACGCCCAAUCCGCCAGUUCUGCAAUCAAGCAAGUGCAGGAAACUAACCCCAGCACAACCAUCACCUUCAUACCCUGCGACCUCGCCGACCUCUCUUCGGUGAAAACCGCAGCCCAGACCUUCCUCGCCCAGGAAUCUCAACUAGACAUCCUCAUCUGCAACGCCGGCAUCAUGGCCACGCCUCCCGGCAUCAGCAAAGACGGCUACGAAAUCCAGUUCGCAACGAACCAUCUCGGGCACGCGCUUCUCAUCCAAUCCUUUCUCCCUCGUAUGCGCUCUACAGCCUCAGCCGCAGCCUCCUCCACCUCAAGCCCAAGCCCAACCGGUAUCGAUCCGACCGGCAACAAACCGCGAAUCAUCCUCCUCACCUCCACGGGCUACCUCUUCCACCCCCGCGCGGGCAUAGCCUUCCCCACCCUAACCACCCCCCAGGAAAACCGUUCCCCAUACCUAAUCCUUUCCCCCUGGACGCGCUACGGGCAAAGCAAACUCGCCAACAUCCUCUACGCGCGCGAACUAGCCCGCCGAUACCCGGAUAUCACGACGGUGGCGAUCCAUCCGGGGGUCGUGGACACGGAUCUUAUUCAUUCGCUGUCGUGGGGUGAUAGGGCGUUUGUGUAUGCGACGACGUUGGGGAGGUUUCUGGAUAGGGAGCAGGGGGCUUGGAAUUCGGUGUGGGCUGCUGCGGUGGCGGAGGCGGGGAUAAAGAGUGGGGGGUUUUAUGUGCCGGUUGGGAGGGAGGAGAGGUUGAGGAGGGGGGCGGGGGAUGGGGAUCUGGGGGGGAGGUUGUGGGGGUGGACGGAGGGGGUUAUUAGGGGGUUUUUGUAG